AUGUUUGUGUUCACCAUUCUCAUAGGACAGCUAACAGCUCCCGAUCCUGUCCCACUCACCGGCAACGCAUUCCAGAUCACUUAUCAUAGGGCAUUUCACUCAACGUUUGACGAUUUUCCGAAUGCCAUUCUGGACACAGUCAAGCAUCUAAUCUCCAACACAAUGAACACAGUCGGUUUGCACAGCAAUCACAAAUCCCGACGAAAACGAGACUUGGAGCGCGAGAAUCGACUGGAGCUGCUGAACGAUAACCAGUUGGAUAAAGACGAAAAAUCCGUUGAAGAAGAUGAUAGCCAACCGAAGUUCGUACAGGGAUUCGAAGGUUUUCUCCAACGACUGGCACAAAGUAAUCGACCCUUAAAAAUUGUAUACUCUUCCAAUGGAAAAGAUUUUAACAGCAACAAUGAUAUUAUUCGGGCGAUGCGCCGACGAAGGAAACGAAGUGUCGAAGAUGAAACAUUACUACGAGAGAAACGCUACGCAAUGGAGUACAAAUCUCUGGAGACUGAAUAUUCUCGAUGCAAAAAGGAAGCUCCCAACGAGAAGGAAUGCGAAAAAAUUUGGGAGAAACUGAAAAAGCUUUCCGCAGAAAUCAACAAGAAUUUCAUAGAGAUGACAAAUUUAAUACACGAUUUUAAAGAUAAAAGGAAACCUAAUUUAGAGGAUGAUUUGAACGAUAGUUUUCCGAGGAAAAUUGAUAAGAAAAAGCUAGAUAAGUUUUUUGAUUCCGAUGAAAGUGAAGAAAGAAAAACGAAGAAAAAGGAUAAACCGGAAUCUAGUGCUUCCAACACGACGACCACACCAAAAAUAACAACUGAAACUACAUCGACAACAAUAAAAAUGACAACAACAAAACACCUCAAACCGAAAGAAACCACAGUCAAUCCACUUCUUCACGAUAAACACGGAAAAGUAUCGGAAUUUGAACACAACAAAAUUGACGAUGAUGCUUGGAGCACCAAACCAAUUGAUCAUUCAACCACUCCAAUGACUCACACGAUGGCGAAAAGCACGACUUCCGCUUCACAGAUACUAAAUAGAGCCGCCAAUCACACCGAACACAAUACCACGGCCAUCCCGUACGACCCAGACCACCAUCGCCCCAUCGUCGAUGAGUGUGUUAAUAGUAUAGACGAUUUGUUGGACAAUUACGUUCUCGGCUCAGGUGAACGAAAAAACCAUCGAAACUGUACAAAACCUUCAACGACCGAAACACCAAAGGAACACGUAACUUCCACACCGGAAACAACGGUCGACGAUCUGCACACCCAUUUCGGAAGACCGACUCAUCCAAUCCACGAAGACUUGAGUGGUCGUUCGGCUGAGACGCAAGACAUUCACGACUUCAUUAUGAAUCGUGCGAAAAAUCGCUUCCACCACAACCACGACUACGUAGAUCGUUACCCAACGACCGUGGAGUCCCUGGAUGCGCGAACUACUAAACAGAUUGCACCGGUAGCGGCUAGUGGUCCCUUUCUGAAUCUCUGCGAUCAAAUGCGACACCAGAACCAUCAGCAAGCCCCCAUUAAAACUACCGUUAGCAACCACAAUAAUUUCCAGGCCCAACAAUUUGGAGGUAUCGGACAGACUGGCUUCCCGGUUUCCGGAGAAACGUCCCACGUAAAAUUCACCUCUGCCUACGGAGGAUACGUACCUAAUCAUUUCUGUUUUUAUCAAGUACCGCAGCCGUACGGAUUUGCCCGGCCGAUGUACGGACAUCAUCAACCAGGAGGACAAUCAUAUUCCGUUCCACUUCAUCUGUUGAACGACCCAAACAUCGCAUCGCUAAUUGCACCGCGAACUGAUCAGGAAGGUUUCAUUAACAUUCCCGCGCAACUUCAAAAUCUACCGGGACGUCGAGAUGCCGGUGAAGGUUCGGAACCCCAGAACGUUCAAUUGAUCUGCAGUAUCGUAGGACAAGGAUCGGUUCCCCGAACGGUUAAUACCGUCACGGAUCACGGCAUGACAGAUCAUAGCUUCACGGAACAUAGCGUCACGGAAUCUAUAACUCACACCACCCCAGUAUCAAUCACCACCGUAUUGGGAACCAGUGGUCAAAUUCCCGCCAACGACACGGAAGACCUUGACUUCCAACAGGGUCGAACUGCUGUUCGGGGACACCAUUGCAGUCGCGGUUGGAUGCAUUGUGCCAAUGGACAUCAAUGCGUACGGAACCAGGAUUGGUGCAAUGGGAAAAUGGACUGUCUGGACGGAAGUGACGAAACCCAUUGUCCGUGUGUAACCCGAUUGAAUCCGAAACGAGUCUGUGAUGGUUAUGUGGAUUGUCCUCUCGGAGAGGACGAAAUGGGUUGUUUCGGGUGUGACAAGUUUUCAUUUUCUUGUUUCAAUAGUGCAUCUGAGUACGAAAGUGCACACAAAUCGGGAGCUACGUGUUAUUCGAUAAUCGAAAAAUGUGAUGGUUUUGAUAAUUGUUUCAACCGAAAAGACGAACAGGACUGUACAAUGUUGGUUAAGGAUUUGGGAAAGAUUAAGGCAUUUUCGGUGGGACAUACUUCCGGGAUUUUGCAUCGCAACUAUAAAGGUAAAUGGUAUCCGGUUUGUAAUAAUCCUACUGCAAUGGCUAGGGAUGCGUGCGAAGCUGAAGUCGGUGCCCUUGAUCAGGAACCAACGAUUACUCAAAUGCAGGGACAUCUUCCCGGGCCGUUCAUUCAAUCGAGCGCCAAAAGCGUACACGUCUUCCAGCCACAGUUCACGGAUGGCUGUAAGGAUUCGUUCAACUUUGUCAAAUGUCCUCCGCCGAAGAGUGGGACAUCGAAACUUAGCGAGUUCCCGAGUGUACGCAUCAAGAUCCCGUCGAAACAGAACGCUACCAGUGAAUCGGUGGGGAGUGUACGGAUUGUCGGUGGAUCCGACGCUGAACCAGCUGCGUUUCCCUUUAUUGUGGCAAUCUUCAGGGAUGGAAGGUUUCACUGUGGUGGAAGUAUCUUCACCGAACAUUGGAUCAUCACGGCAGCCCACUGCUGUGACCAUCACCACACGCACUACUACGAACUUCGCGCAGGAAUGCUAAGGAAGGACAGUUUCGCUCCUCAGGUGCAGAUCGUCGUGGCAACAAACACUAUCGUUCACCAUGGUUACAGUGCGGAAAAGAUGGCAAACGAUAUAGCCUUGAUGCGUACGAACAGACCCUUCCACUAUAACCGGUGGGUUCGACCGAUUUCCCUACCCGACAGACACCGGACGAGCAACGAUCGCGACUGGGUGUGGGGACCGAAAGCGGGAACUCUUUGCACUGUGAUCGGCUGGGGUGCAAUGUGGGAGCAUGGAAAAGCUUCUGAUCAUCUGAAGUACGUCACCGUGCCAGUUUUGCCAACCUGUAAGCACAAAAAUGAUCGUGACGGCUUGUAUAUCUGUGCUGGUUUAUCGGAGGGUGGUCAGGAUGCCUGUCAGGGUGAUUCGGGAGGGCCUUUUGUCUGCCAAAGUGUUUCCAAUCCACAUGAAUCUUAUCUCGCGGGAGUGGUUAGUCACGGAGAAGGAUGUGCGAGGCAGAAUGAACCUGGUGUUUACACCAGAGUUGCGCUCUAUCUGGACUGGAUACGAAACAAAAUACGAGAACGUUCCUCGGACGUGACGACAUCGGUGGCAUGUCCAGGUUUCCACUGUCCGUGGGGAACGGCGGUUUGUUUACCUCUGGAAAAGAGAUGCGAUGGUGUGGUGGAUUGCCUGGGAGGUGAAGAUGAAGCCAACUGCCCCAUGGAUAAUCUUUUUGGAAGUUUUAUGAAUAAAACAGGAAAUGUUAAGCCUUCUAGUACAACCACGACUGUUAGACCGCAUUCAAUGCAUUCGAAACCGAGUAGCUCUACAACAUUAAAACCGCCGAUUCGACGGGAAAAUGAAAUACCACCUGGAGCACAUAAUACGUCGGGUCUUAUAGUUUCGCCCAUCGAAAGUCCAUCAAUAAUUGUACAACCAACCACGGUCACGGCAGAAUAUAAUUUUUCUUCGACGGUAACCUUUGAACCAAAUCAUAUAACGACAGAUUCCGCGACGCAUGCGACAACAACACAAAACGAAAAAACAAGCACCACGUCAAAGAAAACAGACGUUUCCAUGACGACAGUCGGGUCGACUUCAACUACAACGGAAACAACUUCCACAACACAUAGUACUAGCAUUCCGACACACAGUACAACCGAACAGAUUCGAGAGAACAAAACGUUGCCACAUUUGCAUCUUGAGACUCCAUCAAAUUACCGUCUGCAGAACGAAUCUAAUGAACAUCAAUCAAACAGCACAUUAUCCCUCGUAAAAAUUGACAGUGUUGGAAACUCGACUCAUCAUGACGGGAACGCAACAAUCCAUUCUAACUCUUCAGCCCACCAUGACGAUAUGGAACCCGGUGCGUCCGAUGUCAUACUUUCCCACGAACCUGCCAACGAGCAUCCCUUCUUCCGGCAGCUCGUCGAUCUGCACGAUGAAAAGUACAAACGAUUGAACAGGUUCCACCUGUCAGCGCACAAUUUGCACACUUCGUUGAUGAACAUAUCGCAAGUUCAACCGUUGAACGAUACACAUCGGUAUAAGCGGUUCGCUUGUAAUAGAAUUCGUCAGACGAUCAACAUCGCCCAUCGGUGCGAUCGAGUGAUCGACUGCGAGGAUGGUUCGGAUGAGAUUGGUUGCACCUGCCGGGACUAUUUGCAGGACAAGUACGACUUUUUGAUCUGUGAUGGGAAGACGGACUGUUGGGAUCUUACAGAUGAGAAGGAUUGCUUUAAAUGCGACCCCGGAAAGUAUCCCUGCAGAAUGAGCAGAAAAUGUAUCAGUGAAAAGCAACUUUGUGACGAUCACCCGGAUUGUCCGCUACACGAAGAUGAACUGGACUGUCUUGCUCUUACCGAUGGUCACAAGAUUUACUUUGACGCGAAUAACCUAUCUCUGUACAAGUACGAUGGUCUGGUUACAAAAAAUGUUAACGGCACUUGGAAAGUUGUAUGCGGUGUGGAAACGAACAACCAAUCUGCAAUGUCGGUUGGAAAAAUAUGCUCAUUUUUGGGAUUUGCAGGGUACCAAAACUACUCGCAUCACUUGCUGGACGUCAACGGCAACAAAUCCACGACUCUUUCCGGACCAGUCGCAAAACUUGUUACCUCCCACCGGAACAUUUCAUCCGAACCAAAAUGUAUGGCCCUCCACAUAACCUGCGUCCCAUACAUCAACGCAACCGAGCAUGAAAUUAGUCACUUCGAGAACCAACACAAAGAGAUCCCGGUACAAGUCAACAUCCGACCGAUCAACCCAAUCGAGAAACCUCAUCUGCUGGGUCACAUAACCUUCCACGAAAAUGCUCACAUUGAGUUUAUUGAAAAUUUUGGAGACGAUUACGACUGGCCCUGGAACGUGGACAUUUAUCUCGAGGGGGAAUACCUUUGCAGUGCGAUAAUCGUCGAUGUUCAUUGGAUCAUUGUGGAAAGCUCGUACAUGCGGUUGAUCAAUCUGAAGCACGAUCAUCUCUCGAUAGUUGCGGGUGGAGCGAAGGCGUACCUGAAGAUCACUGGACCGUACGAGCAGGUGGUGAGGGUGGAUUGUUACCAUUUCAUUCCGGAUGCUCGAGUUGUUAUGCUGCAUCUGGAGAAGAAGCUGAGUUUCACGCGUCACGUCCUACCGACCUUCAUUCCCGAGAAGGAAAGCAAUAUAACAGACAAUCAAUGUCUCGCGGUAGCGCAGGACAAGCUAGGAAGAACUCGGACGCUGCGAGUCCAUCUCAACAUGACCAACUGUCCAGAGAAAAAUAUCUGCUACCAACGUGAUCCGGAGCAUGACCAUUACCACGCGGAACACUGCUAUACGGAAGCUGCGAUUCGUUCGGGAGUUGUCGUUUGUAAAACUAAAUUUUCCGGCUGGUAUCCGGUUGGUUUCUAUCAGCACAAGCGAGGACUCUGUGGGUUCAACGAAGUAGUUCGAAUGAUUUCGCUGAAAGAGUACUACAAUGACAUUCAGCAUGUGCUGGGUCAUCACAAGUGUGACUACGACUUUCCGUCACCUCCUUGCGCGGGGAAACGGUGUCGCUACGGAAAGUGCGUCGAUCACUCGCUGGUAUGCGAUUGGAAACUGGACUGCAACGAUGGUUCCGAUGAACGUGAGGAUUGGUGUGCUGCGAAGAACGAGACGUCGUCUACCUGUUCGCCUACGCACUUCCGCUGUCAGAAUGGACGCUGCGUAGAUAAGAGCAAAUUCUGCGAUGGACGAAACGAUUGCGGCGAUCUGUCGGAUGAACCACACGAGUGUUCCUGCUACACCUAUAUCAAAGUUACUGAACCAGCUAAAAUAUGCGACGGUAUUCGCAAUUGCUGGGACAAAUCGGACGAAAAUCCACGGCUCUGUAAAUGUAGAGAGGACAGUUUCCGAUGCGGUGAUAGUAGUAUCUGCAUACCGCACGAUUUUGUCUGCGAUGGUGAUGUCGACUGUCCGGAACAGGAAGAUGAACGAUUCUGCUACGCGUUACAGCAAAAUCACGAAGAAACCAACUACGGAGAAGUGAUGCAGCAAACCUUCGGCGUGUGGCAUUCGAAAUGCUUCCCAAAAAAUGUAAAGUACGAUGACCUAGCGAUCAAGGAGAUUUGCCGAAGCAUUGGAUAUCGCAAAAUACCGAAGGUGUACGGACGGAAGAUGCUUCAGGAGUCUCGCCUGCGGACGGCAAACAACACAGGGAACCCGGUCGAUCGGCUACGCAAGACGGCGACCAAGGCCGUAGUGUUGAACAAGUUCUCGAAGGUGGUGAUCAACGACAAACAGUCAUUCUUCAUGAAACCCAGCCGGCCAAUGUUCCGGCUGGUAAACUGGGACGAAGAGGAUGAACGGGCUUGCGAUCGGUUAGAAAUUAACUGUGGAAACUGA